CGCCGAGCCGCGAGACAGCGUGGCCCCCGCCGCAAGCUCAACCAACGAGCGCUACAAGGCUGCAGCAGGAGACCCCCUGGCCCGUUCCGAAGUCGACGCCGGCGCCUCCACCGGCACAGUCUCCCUGGGCCACCCAGCAUGGACCCGCAAGCAAGCUGCAGUCGGUGCGAGAGCAGUCUGGCCCGUCGUGGUCGUCUGCGCCGCCAUCGCAUCUUGGUCUUCGUGAUAGGGAUCCUAGAGAGGUCAGAGACCCCAGAGAUAAUGGCUACGGCAUUGGGAACCUCCGUGACGCUGCACCUGCUCCUCCUCCUCCUCCUCCUCCUCAUCAUGCACAACAGCCUCCUCGGGAUGACCGCUACAGCAUGCUCGAUGCACAACAGCGCACCAUGUCCGAUCCCAGGAUGGCUGAUCCUCGCAUGGACCCUCGUGACCCUCGAAACGACCCUCGGAAUGACCCACGGAACGACCCGCGAAACGAUCCACGCAAUGAUCCACGCAAUGAUCCACGGAAUGACCCGCGCAAUGACCCACGCAACGAUCCCAGAAUGAUGAGCGGCCACGCAACCCACCAUUCACAUUCGCACUCGGGCUCCAUGGGCCGUGCGUAUGGAUCGUCGCCGGUGCAUAGGGAGAUGAUUGGCGGACCACCGACUGGGCCACCGCAAGCCCAGCAGCCACCCAGCUUCCCGCGC